AUGUCGCCUUCGCAAAUAAUCGACGCACUCAAAAAGCACAUGAACGUCACUAAUGGUCCUCUUGCAAAGAAAUUGCACGAGCUGUUAAACAUGUCAUCACAAACCGAAAUCACGAGACUUCCUGCGUCACCAUCAGCGGCAUCAUUAUCUCCAGAGGAGGAACAGCAAUUGCUCAAGCAGCUCCGAAAAAUCAUGAAAGAUCAUCCCGGCAUACUGAACUACACCAAUUCUUCUGGCAGACCAGAUUCUUCACAGACUCGCCAAUUUGCCGCUCAGCAACCUUUCAGUUGUCGCGAAAGCUCUGCUUGGUGGACAAGGACAGGUUACGUCAGGCAUGUCGCCUUCGCAGAUAAUCAACAUACUCAAAAAGCACAUGAACGUCACUAA